GAAUAUUUGGAGUAGUUAACUAGUGGGAGCCACAAACUAACUUACUACGCCACAUAACUCGGAAGCGUGUGAUUGCCUCGCUUGCUGGAAUGGCUCCGUUACUGAGCUGGUCAUGUAGACCGCUGCUUCUACUGCCUCUUAUUGGAAUAUGUUUCACAAAAUUUGCAAGAGCAGAUGGAGUGAGGUCUGAACUCCACAUAUUCCAUCACUCAUGCGCCCUGAAGAAAGAUGAAGGGCCAUGCAAGGCAAUAAAGGACAGGUUCUACUUUGACAUUGACACAGGUCGUUGUGAGCUCUUUGAAUACGGAGGCUGUCAAGGCAAUGCAAACAAUUUUGAGACCCUGCAGGAGUGUGAAGAAAUGUGUCUUGUGAAAGAGGAUAAGAGUCCAUGCCAUCUGGAGGAUGAGCCGGGACCGUGUCGAGGACUGGUGCCUCGUUAUUUUUUUGAUUACAAGAGCCAGGAAUGCAAGCGAUUCUUUUAUGGUGGCUGCUUUGGGAAUGGCAACAACUUCAAGACCAUAAAAGAAUGCCAUGAGAGAUGUCUACCUGCCUCAAACCACAUGGAACAAAAUGCUCCAUUAAAGCCAGAGGAAGAAGAAGCCAAGCCCAAGACAGAACCUCUCGCUAAACAUGUUGAAGCUCCAUUGAAUGCAUCACAUUUGCCACUGCGGAGAAUGUCCAAACCAUCUGCACAGGAAGCAGAGUUCAAUCCCCCAGAAUUCUGCUUGAGUCCAGUUGAUAGGGGCAAUUGUGAAGGCUCUGAGAGGAGAUUCGUGUACAACACCAGGACUGAGAGAUGCCAGAUGUUUCGCUACAGUGGCUGUGGAGGCAACAAAAACAACUUUGUCCAUAAGAGACACUGUAUGAAAAUGUGCAUGAAAGAUCACAGGAGGAAGCAAAUACGGAUAAAGACGAGGAACUCAAAUAUCUUAUUCCGAUCUGUCUAGGACAUAUUUUUCAUGAUACCAAAUACUAAACCACUCUUCAGAGAGAAAAUAAGAAACAGCAGCAUGUGCCAGUACCUCGCUGACACACACAUUAUUGUCAUGUAUAUAAUUAUCACAGUUAAUGGAUUUUAAACUAGACUUUAUAUAUAAAGACAUUCUAUGUAUGAGAAUGUCUUUAGGAAAGAAAGGAAAAAUUGACAUACAAAAAUUACUCAUCACAUUGCCACUUAUACACUAUGGCUUUUAUAAAUAUUUGCUGAAGAUUCUAAAUCCUUUGUUUAUUCCUUUCCUUUAUUGUUUUUGUAAAAAUGUUCAAACAUACUAAUUCUUAGUUUUUUGUGUUUAUACAGUACACUCCAAAAUGUUAUGAUUUUUAUGCCCUUGCAUUGUGACCUUGAACUCUUGUCAUUGUUUGUACGUAAUGACUAGAGGCAAAAAAAAUAUAUAAAUAAAUAAAUU